GCGGAAGUAAACAGACCAGGAAGUUCUGUUGAACUCGGUUUUUGCUUCCAAAUGUGCACCUUCUCGUCCUUGCGCUCCUGAGGGUUCGGCAGCGAUGGAGAAACAGCGCAAAGGUGUGAAAGAAGAGCCACAGGAGUGCAGUUCCAAACUGGACCCUGAAUGUCCAAGUGUUAAAGAGGAACAGGAGGAUGAAGACGCUGCAGAGUCCCUCUUCAAUAUUGUUGUAGUCAAGGAUGAAGAUGUUGAAGAGGGUGCUGAGUCUUUAGAGCCACAGACCAACAGCUCAACUCAACUCAUGAAAACUGAGCCUAUUGGAGACACAUGCAAAGGACCAGAACCAGUUACCUGCUCCCAUCCUGGUCUACAAUCUGACCAGAAGAGGUCACUCUCUUCCGGAUCUGACACUGAUGACAGUGAACAUUGGCAGGGAACCAGAACCUAUCCUUCCUCUUCUGUCAGUGAGGCGAGAGAAGGUGACCCAUCUCUGAGCUGCACUGAGUGUGGGAAAACAUUCAUCUCCAAGUCUGGACUCUGUCAACACAGAAAAACAUGCAGUGGGGAAAAAUCUUCUACCUGUUUGUUGUGCGGGAAAAGCUUCACGAAGAAAUGCAAUCUGAAGACUCACAUGAGAAGUCACACUGGCGAGAAACCUUUCAGCUGUUCAGUGUGUCAAAAAUGUUUUGUUCAGCGAGGCGAUCUGAAUAAACACAUGAGAACACACACUGGAGAGAAACCGUACUGCUGCUCGGAAUGUGGAAAAUGUUUUAAUGAUAGCGGAGAUCUGAGGAAUCAUGCGAUCAUUCACACAGGGGAAAAGCCCUUCUCCUGCUCUGAAUGUGGGAAAUGUUUUAAUCAGAGAAGAGUUCUUAAUCGACACAAGGUCAUUCACACCGGUGAGAAGACGUUUUGUUGCUCAGAAUGUGGAAAAUGUUUUAAUGACAAAGGACAUCUCAAGAGACACAUGAGAACUCAUGUCGGAGAAAAACCAUUUCACUGUUCACUAUGUGGUAAAUGUUUUAAUCGUAGCGAACAUCUGAGGCGACACAAGGCCAGCCACACGGGAGAGAAACCUUUCAGCUGCUCGGAAUGUCAUAAGUGUUUUAACAACAGAGGAGAUCUGAAGAGACACAUGAGAAUUCAUAGCGGAGAGAAACCAUUUAAUUGCUCAAAGUGUGGCAAACAUUUUAAUCAGCGAGAUUAUCUGAAGAAACAUGAACAAACUCACAUAUCAGGGAGUGUUUCCACAGCUCAGUGAUGGGAGAGACUUGAGACAAGUGAUGUUGUUUUGGAAAUUGCUCAGAGAACGGCGUCUGUGGAGAAAUGUGGCUGUCAGUGUCAUGACCUGUUGUACGUAAUCAGUCAUUUUAUACGUAAUUCAUUGCCCUUACAAGGGUCACCUGCUCCUCUGCCGUGUGAUGCACUCACAGGUGAAGCCCUGUGGCAUUUAGAAUCCACAGUGCAGGAGAGAUCUCUGAAACACAUCAUCUGAUGUGACAAUGAAUAAAA